AUGGACAUUUCGCCAAGCAAAAAACCGAAAAGCGAAGAUCUCGAAGUCACAGGAGUAUCGAGAAGCGGCAGGGUGAGAAAAAAAUCCUCGAAAUUAAUGGACUUCGAGUCCCCAGGAGACGACAUUGAACGGUCCCAUUCGAAAAAAACUCCUACCGCGAAAAAGGCCGAAAUACCCGAUAUCCCGUCACCAGUGAAAAAAACCCAGAAACUAGAGGACAUUUACACAAAAACUGACAAUUUUUUCAAUACUGGAGGCCCCAGUGAUUCGGAAUAUGGGAGCGAGUACGAGCCAACAGCUAACAAUACAACAGAAUCAAGCAUGGAUGAUUCUGUUGAAUCUGAAAGCGAUUUCGAUGAUACUGAAGGUGGCUUCAAAAAGCUGGAUUCGUCCAAGAAGAAGCAACUGAUGAUAAAAGAUGGAAAAGUUUUUAAAGCUAGAGGAAAAGAUGUGGCAAAACUAAGAGACACCAGCAAAAGUCCAAAAAGAAUGACCAUAACAAAAACAUCCUCUGGACCACUGGCAGCUUUUCAACCAGGCAUUACUACAUACGAAAAUACAUCUCCAGAAAGCCCCAAAGGCAAAGAAGUUUACAAGGUGAAUGGCAUUAAACCAAUCGAUGUGGCAGCUCAUUUAAAAUUACUAGGAGAAAGCUUGGCAAUUAUAGGGGCACGUCUUAAAGAGCACGAAGGACAAAUAGCUGUAUCUGGAAGCUUAUCAGUUUUACUUGAUUCUUUGCUAUGUGCAUUAGGACCAUUACUAUGCCUGACCCAGCUUAUUCCAGAAUUAGAAGAUAAUUGUAAUCCUGAUCAAUUACUCAAUACUUUGGAUAAUGUUGCUUUUAUAAUGCCAGGCUUGUAA